CAUAAUUCAUAAAUCAUUCUCCAAACUCAAAAUCUCUUAAUCCCCAAAUUCUCUCUUUCUAUCUCUCUCACACUCCUUUGAAACACAACAUUCCUUUUUAACUCUAAAUUCAAAGAUAGUUUCUUGAUUAGGGUUCUUUGUUAUCACUAUCGCUACUUUAAUCAUUCAUUAUCACUAACUCUUGAAUUCAAUUUCAUCCUAAUUCAUAAUCGAUUCAUUCUACCCAAUUUGUUUUCUCUUUGCGCACUCUUUCCUUCUCCGUCAUUCAUCAUAACGCAACACGACGCAACACGUUCGUGUAACUCGCUCACUCCGUAACUCGUUCUCGAUUUUUUCAUCAUGCCGAAGGCUAAACUUGAUAACAGGGCACCACAAUGGGCUAGUGUGAACUUAGGAAUUUUCAUUUGGAUGCAAUGUUCAGGGAUUCACCGGAGUCUUGGAGUGCAUAUAUCAAAGAUACGGAUAAUGUGAAGUCAAAUAAUCCCUGGGAAGCUAAACUGCCACCAAAUUUUGACAGAAAUGGAUGUGGAAUUGAGAAGUUUAUCUGUGCCAAGGUACCACGAUGGGCUAGUGUGAACUUAGGAAUUUUCAUUUGCAUGCAAUGUUCAGGGAUUCGCCGGAGUCUAGGAGUGCAUAUAUCAAAGGGCACCACGAUGGGCUAGUGUGAACUUAGGAAUUUUCAUUUGCAUGCAAUUUUCAGGGAUUCACCGGAGUCUAGGAAUGCAUAUAUCAAAGGCAGAACCUGAACUGCUUCGGGUCUGAUGCGGGCUGGUGAUUUGCAGAAUGCUACAAAGGCUUAGCUUGGUGCUGCACAAUCAUAUUCGGCUUCUGUUAAUUUUAAAAUUCGACUCCUGGGUGAUUCAAAUGUAAUAUUGAUGCAUCGUUUGUGUCACAUUUAAAUAAAGUUGGGUUUGAAAUAUGUAUCCGUGACAAACGUGGUCAAUUUGUGAUUUCAAAGAGAGAAUGGAUUUCCCUUCUUUGUGGAGUGGAUGUGGGCGUACCUCUUGGAAUGAAACUGUUAUUACAGGAAUGAAACUAAGUUCCCUGGACGAUAAAAAUUCUGUAUCCACUGAGUCUAGGAAUCUUUUAGCUGGAAGUGAUCUGGUAUAUUUUGAUACAACAGAUUUGAUAGCUUUUGUACCAGGAAUUAGUAAUGGUGGAACAGAGAAACUUUUGGCUACUCCGGAAAGUGAUCUGAGACAGCGGUUUAAGGGAAACUUUGACUUUGUGAUUGGUCAAAUAAUGUCUGAACUUCAAAAUUCAUACCAUGUGGAAUUUGGUAAAGUCCUGUGUGGAAAGCAUGGCAUAAUUUGUGAGAGUGUUCUUUCAGAAUUUAAGGAGUUGGUACUAAUGUGUGGAGGGCCCAAUGAGAAACUUAGAGCUAACAAGUUAAUAAAUUGUCUCAGCAAAUUGAAGUUUCUGAUCCAUAGCCAACCAGCAACUCACUGUGAUUCCAAUGUCAUUCUUAAUGUUGAUGAACAGGUGGUGAAAUUACUUUUUCUUUUUCUGUAUUGGGAAAGAUUUUCAAGAUGGGUUAUCAACCCAAUGCCAUAACCUUCAAUACUCUUAUGAAAAGUCUCUGUCUUAGUGGCGAUGUUAAAAAAGUACUGCAUUUUCAUGACCAUGUUGUGGCAAAGGGAUUUCAAUUGGACCAUGUUAGUUACGGGACUUUGAUUAACGGGUUGUGUAAAAUGGGGGAAACUAGAGCCGCCAUGCAAAUGUUGAGACAAAUUGAAGGGAAAUGGUCAACACCAAUGUGGUAAUGUGAUAAAUUUGUAACCGAGGCUUAUGAGUUAUAUUCUGAAAUGAUCGCAAAGAAAAUUUCACCUAAUGUUGUCACUUUCAAUUCUCUAAUCUAUGGAUUUUGUAUUGUUGGUCAAUUGAAAGAAGCAUUUGGUUUGUUUCAUGAAAUGGUAUUGAGAAACAUCAACACAAAUGAUUAUACUUUUAAUAUAUUGGUUGAUGCAUUUUGCAAGGAAGGAAAUGUUAAAGAAGCUAUCAAUGUAUUGGCUAUGAUGAUGAAAGAAGGUGUAAAACCGGAUGUUUUUACUUAUAAUGCUUUAAUGGAUGGGUAUUGCUUAGUUUAUCAAGUGAACAAGGCCUUAGAUAUAUUCAACCCUAUGUCCGAUAAGGGAGUGACUCCUAGUGUUUGGAGCUACAGUAUCAUAAUUAAUGGAUUAUGCAAGAUCAAAAUGGUGGAUGAAGACAUGAAUCUCUUUGAAGAAAUGCAAAGCAAGAAGAUUACACCUUACAGUUCUCUUAUUGAUAGUUUGUGCAAAUCAGGGAAAAUCUCUUUUGCAUUGGAGCUUGUUAAUGAGAUGCAUGGUAUAGGCCAACCUGCCAAUGUAACCACUUACACUUCCUUAUUACAUGCUUGAUGUAAAAACCAUCAUGUUGACAAGGCAAUUGCAUUAGUCAAGAAAUUUAAAGACCAAGGCAUUCAACCAAAUAUGCACACAUACAAUAUACUUAUUGAUGGACUAUGCCAAGAAGGAAGACUUAAGGACGCACAAGUGAUUUUUCAAGAUCUUUUGAUUAAAGGCUAUAAGGUAACAAUCUGGACAUAUACUAUUAUGAUCAAUGGUCUUUGUUUAGAGGGCUUGUUUGAUGAAGCUAUGGCCCUGCUGUCAAAAUUGAAAGACAAUGGUUGCAUUCCUGAUGCUGUAACUUAUGAAACAAUUAUCUGUGCUCUCUUUGAAAAUGAUUAGAUAAAGCAAAGAAACUUUUUCGUGAAAUGAUUGUUAGAGGUCUAUUGUAAGAGAAGUACUGGUUAAGAUUAUUUCUUGUAACUUAUUAGGCUAAUUUGAAUUUUGAUGAC